CACAUCCGAGUAUCCGACUGCUUAUUGGAUAUAAAUUUCUUUUCAAGUUGAUAUAGAUCGUCUUAGUGUCCGAUGAGAUGGUUUGGGUGCUUAAUGGACUUUCGUGUAUUUGUUAUUAAUUUGAUGGGUCAAACUAUAAAUCUAUUUAAAUGGGGAUAGAAAUCCAUUUUAUUACAAGAUUUCAAAAUUAUAGUUAUGUAAUCAUUUUGUACAAAUGAUAAAACUAAGUGACCAUAUCACAUAAUUAUCCAACAUUUGUGACCUCUCAAAGAUCCCUCAAACCUUGCAACCUACCUCCAAAAAUCCCCAACCUACCUCCAAAAAUCAACACUAGUCACAACUCACAAGAAAAAUAGAAGCAUUUAUAUGAAGGUGCAUGAAAAACUCUAGUCCUACUAUCUCACCAAGUUGCUUUUGUCCAAAAAUAAAAAGAAACAAGGCCCUUCUGUUCUUGUUCUUAUAUUUCCCUCCCAUUCUUCCCUUCCCUAGUUAAUAGCAUCACCCUUUUGAUUUUGUCCAACUUUCCUCUCCACACCUACUUCACGUGUCACCCCUCACUUCUCUCCUUCUGUAAAGCCAUUCACUCACUCACCCCCUUCCAAGAACUAUCAUUAGCCUGCCUGCCAGCAAAAAAUAGAAACUUUCCUCCAUUUCUAGUACCAAGAACCAUAAAUUCAGCACAACCGUAACUCCCCAAAAAACAAAGCCAUGGCUACCUGUGGGAGUCUCCAACACAUCUUUGACAAACCAUUACCUGAAAAGACUCCAUCACCGUCAUCAUCAUCAUCUCUCCUUGAAACCCUUUCUUCUUCCUGGAACCAACUCAAGCCUCCUAUUGACCAUUCCUCCUUCACCGAGCUAUUCGGUGAGCUCCAUUUCAAGGACACCUCUUUCUCAUCAGGCAACCUGAAGAAUCCAUACCCUCUAUCUGGUUCCAAGCUCGCUGACAGCCUGCAGCUGUGCACGGAAGGGCUCGGUUCUGAGAGCUCUGCUGAUGUUGAGGAUCUGAACAACAAUGAUAAUAUAUCAUCGACCACAGGAUGGCAACAUCAAGAACAAGAAGAAGAGGAUAUUGAGAAGCGAACACCAGCAUCACCACCGACAACCACAACAACAAGAGGCAUCAUAGCAAAGCAUUAUUCAGGUUUGGAGAAUCAAAGUAGAGGUGGGGAACACAGGAGAUUAUCGAGGUCUUUUAGUGAUAGAGGGGUUUCCUUCCCUCCACCCAUUUCCUGCAUAGGAAAGACAGGCAAGCCUUGGGUUUGCUUCAAAUCUUACAGGGAGGAUGGCAGGUUUGUUCUGAAAGAAGUGAGGAUCCCUACCCAGGAGUUUCUGCAUGCUUGCAGAGAAGAUGGGAGGUUGAAGCUGCAAUUUGUCCAGCCUGACAAUGAAAUCAGUGAACAGAUGGAAGAUGAAGAUGAGGAAGAUGGGAGCUUUAUGGAGCAUGAUGGUGGAGAUGAGAACGAUGAGGAUGAUGAAUGCAUGAAUCUUGACAAUGCCAAGCAAUGAGGAAUGAAGGGUAAUACAAAGAGAAGAAAGCAGCCUGCUUUACAAGGUUUGGGAAAUCAAUCGACCUUCUUGGGCUGCCAUGCUGGAACAAAGUCAACAGGGAUCCUAUAUUUACUUCCCAAUUGGAUUUGGGUAGACAAAAGAACAAAAGUAUCUUCCAUGUUUAGACUAAAUGUUCCCUUCCCUUCUUUUCUCCUAGACCCUAUUUUCCUUCAUGCACUCAUAGAAAGUAUGUAAAGAACAAGCAUGCAAGUGUAACUGUGCCUGUGUAAGAAUCAGGAAACUUCAAUAUGAUCUCCAGGAAGUCCAAAAUCUACAGUACAUGGUUGUACAUGCAAUCAAUGGAAGAGGUGGGGGAAAAAAUGUCAAAACAAGACAAGUCACCUUAAAUGGAAAAGGUUUGAAGUAUCAACAUCUCCAUUCAUAUAAAUUGCCUUAAAAAAGAAGGGCAACAAGCUCAUGGUCCAGACUUCACCAUGUCUCAAUCUUACCAAAACAUGAACCCUAAAUAUCAUUUUACUGCAGUUCUUUGGCACAGAAUAACUUAUGUACGAACGCAAACCAAAAGUUAUAUUUUGUCAUCUGGGUGAAAACUGAUAACAGCAUUUAAAUUAUGCAGUAAAAUGAUGCAAAAAGU